GUAUGAAGUGUUCGUGAACUAUUUGUUAGUGAGAAUGCAGCUUAACAUAAUUUGUUUAAUUAUCAAUAAAAUUAUUUUUAAAGAAUUUUGAAUAAACAAUUUCUAUCUUAUUCUAAUAAUAUGGAUGAAGAAAUGCGUACUCUUUGGUGUGGAAAUUUAAGUGAAAAAGUGACAGAAGAAAUUCUAUAUGAAUUAUUUUUACAGGGUGGUCCAGUACAAAGAGUUACUAUUCCUAAAGAUCGUGAUGGCAAACAAAGAACAUAUGGAUUUGUAACAUAUAAACAUAUCAAUUCUGUAUUAUAUGCCUUAGAAUUAUUUGAUGGUACAUCUUUAUUUAAUCGUCCUCUUAAUAUGAGCCCAAGGAAAAACGCAUUAUCACAAAUUAACAACUCUCAAGACAAUUUUGUUCAUUUGAAUCAUUGGCUUCAAUUAGGUCAAGAAAUGUUAUUAGGAAAUGAUAUGUCUCAUUUGAAAGGAGAUACAUUUGGAAUGAAUAUGAUAUCAAAUACAGAUUCACAUAUGAAACAUAUAGAUAAUUAUUCUUAUAAAGAUGAUAGAAGGUCUCGACGAGUACAUCCUUAUCAUAGAGAACAACAUAAAAAUAGUAACCAUCAUAAUAAUCAUAAGAAUAUUCAUUAUUCCAAACGCGAUUAUAAAAAUAUUAGACAUAAUUAUUCUUAAUACAUCUUAAUUUAAAUAUAAAUAAAAUAUAAUUUUUACUAGUAUUAAUUUGAUAAAAAUAUUCUUUAUUUAUUUUUAAAAAAAUACCAAAUACAGAUUCAGGUAAAAUUUUCCAUAAUCUUGUUUUUAUUUUUAAAAAAAAUUUCUAUAAUAUAAUAAAAUUUUUUCAUUUUGAUUGCUAUAUAAGCAUAAAUGUAUUCAAUUUAUUUCAAUCACUUAAAUUAAAUUAAAAUAUAUAUUAAAUAGAAGAAUUAUUUUCAUUUAUUAAUCAUAAGGUACAUGAUAAUAAUCAUAUGGCUUAUAACAUUUUGUACGAUUUUUACGAAAUUUUGUAUUUUGUUGAAUUAUAUGAAAAGCCCUUUCGGCAGUCAUAAUAACAGCAGCAUUAAUAUUACCACUUGGUAAAAAUGGAAAUACAGAUGCGUCGAUUACAUAUAAAUUUGUUGUACCAUAAAUCCUAUAAUAAAUAACUUAUAUAACAUCUUAUAUAAAGAAUAAAAUAGCUUUAUAUAUAAAAUUAAUAAAUUACUUAAACGUUUGAUCAACAACAUCACCCAUCCGACAUGUACCAGCCGGAUGAUACGAAGUUAAAGUUAAAUGUUGUAUAUAACAUUUCCAAUAGUUUGUGCUAUCAAAUAUUUCGUUUUCACAGCCAGGAAAAUGUUUUUUAUAAAUAGAUGCACCAAUACUUUUCAUGGCAUUGGUUUCAAUAAGUUUUUUAAUGAAUUGCAAUCCUAAAAAAUUUAAUACUUCUGCAAUUUUCUAAAUAAUCUGUAAUACUAUAUUAUAAUAAUAAUAUUAUUAUACAUAAUAAUAUUUUAAUUGAGUAAAAUACCAUCUAUAAGAAGUGCAAUAUCAUCUUCAUUUGAUAAAUAUUUUGGAUCAAUUAAAGGUGGAUCGAAAGAAUUACUACUUCUCAAUUUAAUCUCUCCUUUACUUUUAGGAUGUAAUAACACUGGAGCAAUUGUUAUUGUAUUCUCAUAUAAAUUAGGACCAAAAUAUUCAUUGUAUACCUAUAAAAAUGAAUUAAUAUUUAAUUAUAUCAAUAGAUAUAUAAAAUUUAUUUUAGGUUUGUUUAUAAUGUACUUUUUCAGAAAUUCCCAUAGUUUCUUUUAAAACAAUUCCAUAAUCUCUUGAUAAUCCAACUGGCAUUACCAUUAUUUCUAAAUCUGGUAUACUUGAUUUAUUUUUUUGAAAAGAACUGUGAAAUGUACCUAAAACUUCAACUCCUGUAAAUGUCCAAGGUCCUAAGACAAAAUAUGCUGGUAUGAGUGAUGAUAAUUAUGAAUUUUCUAUUUUGAACAUAAUUUUACCUUUUCCAAACAUAAAAUAAUUUAAUGCUGACAUAGGAUUCAAAAUAUUAGCCAUACUGAGACCUAUGCUUAUGUUAAGCAUUAUUAAGUCAAUUCCAGUAAGCACAUGAUCUACCAAAUGCUGACCUACUGGUAAAUCAUUAAUUACAUUUAUCUAAAAAUUACAAAUAAAUUAUUAAAAUUAUAAAAAGCUAAAAUAUAGAGUAUAAGUUUACUUUACAAAAAAAAAUAUAUACUUUUAAAUCUUCUAAGUGUUUUUUUGGUCCAAAACCAGAUAACAUUAAUAUUUUUGGACUACCAAUUGCACCAGCACACAAAAUAACACUUUCUUUUGCGAAUGCUUUAAAUUUUUUAUUUAAUGCAACAAAUUGUACUCCUACUGCUCUAUUUGAUUCCAUUAAUACCUUAAAAUAAUUAAUAAAUUAAAGAUAUUAUUAUAAUUAGAAGUAAUUUAAAAAAAAUUAUAUUUAAUAAAUUCAAAUUUAUUUUUAAUAUAUACUUUCUCAACAUGAGCAUACGUAAUAAUAGUUAAUUUAUCUUUUAGAGAUUCAUAUAAUAAUUUAUCUGUACUCCAUCGUUUUCCAUUUUCCAUAGAUAAUUGUACUUUCAUGAAACCUAAAUCAAUAGAAUAUUUAAAUAUUAAAUAUCAAAAAAUGAAAAAUUAUAUUUUUUUCAUAUUUUUUAUAUAAUUACCAUUUUUUAAAUUAUUAUUAAUAUUGCCAAUAUCUUGCUGUAAUUCUUGCAAUCCUUUUAAAAUUAUAUCAGCAAGACCAGUAUUCCAUUCUAAAUCACUUAUAUGCAUUGAACCACCUUUCUUUUUGAUAGGUUC